CUCUUGACCAAGAAACAACGCAAAACGUCAUUUGGGUCCGUUUUGGAAGAUUCGUUGCCUUCCCCCGUCGUCGUCGUCGUCGUCGUCGUCGUCGUCUGCCUUCCGUCGAGAAAAAAAAAAUCACGGUCCGACGGAGCACGCACCCACAACACAACACACCAUCGAAGCACCGAGCGGCAGCGAUGAAACUUCUUUCGCUCUUGCAAAUCUCCGUGCUGCCGAKCCUCUUCGGAAGGUCGUUCGCAUUCAUGCCGACACAGAAGAAACAGGCCAGCAGAGGCGCCAGGGGUUCCACGGCGARGGGAUCGACCGCCGAUGGCAUCGAUGCGGCGGCCCUGCCGUCGCUGAUCGUCUUCGACCUCGACAACACGCUCUGGACGCCGGAAUUGUACCAGCUGCGAAAGCUCCAGAGGAACAACCAGUUCCCCGUGGCCAACAGGGACGUGAAACUCUUCCCGGCGGCGCUGGAGAUUCUCAAGCAAWCCAAGCUGAGCGSUUCCAAUUCCACCUUUGCCAACACCAAGUUCGCCAUUGCGUCCCGGACCAAAUCGGGGGAGUGGGCCCACGACCUCCUCGACCAGUUYGGCAUCCGGGAGAUCUUCGACUACGUCGAGAUUUUCUCCGGGGACAAGAAACGCCACUUUWCCAACCUGAAACGAGAUUCCGGCAUCGACUUUGGGGACAUGCUGUUUUUCGACGACAACCGGGACGGGAARUACGGGAACUGCGAACCGGUGGCCUCCCUCGGGGUGCUUUCGGUCCACUGCCCCAACGGCAUCUACGAGGAAUCCGUGUGGACGACCGCGCUCCAGCGGUACCGAGAAUGGUCCACGGAGGGCGGCAGGGCCCCGAACACCAUCGUCGAGUGGGACGGGACGGUCACCACCGGCCGGCCGGCGGCUUCCGCCGAUCCGASCAAGCGGUUCAAGGGCACCGUCAAGUACGUCAAUCGCGAAAAACGAUUCGGGUUCAUUCGGUACGGGGGCCGCAACACGAGGGACAUGUUUUUCCAUUUUAGCGCCCUGCCGACCGCCGGGGCGUCCGUCGAGGAGGGGGACGAGCUGACCUUUUCGGUGGUCAACGACGCGAGAAAGGGAAAGGACGCCGCCGCGGACAUCGAGCUGGCAAAGAACAACGGCGGAAGCGCCGGUGGCGGUGCCGAUGUCGUCGACAYRAGGGUCUUCAGCAUGAACCUGCCCUUUGCCGCGCUCCUGAGCAACGGGUACAAGACGCUGGAGACCCGCAACGGGACCAUGUUCGUGCCCUACGAGGAGGGCACCAAGAUGCUCCUCCACGUCGGACAGCGCACCUACCCGGACGGAAACCGGCACCUGGACGUGAUGAAGAGCGGGGGCCUCGGGGACGACGAGAUCGCCGCCCUCAAGUCCCUGCCCAAGGGAUUCGGAAAAGGCAUGGCCGUGGCCAUCGUGGAGCUGGGAAAGACCUACGAAACGACCCUGGAGGAGCGCUGCGACCCGGACUUCCAGCGGUCCGUCGGGGCCUUUGGUGCGGACAGCGGCAUGAGGGCCACCGAGAUCAAGCGGGUGGAGUACCUGAAGCGCGGCGUCAGGGUGUCCGGCAAAGGCGGGGUCUUCAAGGCAAAGGUUCCCAGGGACGUCUUCCCGGACGGAUGGCUGGACGACACAUGAGGGGAAGCAGGGGAGUAACAUUACUACUAGCUACUGUAUACGCUACGCCAAAUAGAAAGAACCCGCACCU